UGGAUCGAGAAGACCGUCUUCGUGGAGAAAUCCGGUGAUCACUUGUUCGAAGGAAGAAGCGACGCGGGAGUUGGCUGCGAUCCGCCAGCAGAUCAUGAAUUCCUCAAACCCACAGGAAACGUUCAAACGGAUCGCUGAAAAGGAGAGUGAUUGUAGCAGCGCAAAGCGUGGAGGCGACCUAGGAUUCUUCAAGCGGGGGCAGAUGCAAAAGCCGUUUGAGGAUUGCGCUUUCCGCUUGAAGGUGGGAGAGAUUAGCAACAUAAUAGAAACGGACUCGGGUGUCCAUAUCAUCCUCCGCAUCGCGUGUUGUGUUUGUUUUCAAUCAUUUUUUGAGUAUGUUGUCCUACGGUACACGCCGCUUGUACCGAGCAGGAGGAUUCCUUUCCAAAUCAUUGCGCGCUUUUUCCAUCGCUUCUGUGCGAACUCCUCGAAUUCGAAGUGUACGUGUGGGAGAGAAGCAUCUUUUUCCUACAGUCGUGGUACAAAAGCGAUUUGUGGACGUCCGGAAGGAGUUGAAGGAGGUUCAGUGUUGCAGUGGUUGUGGAGUGAAGUUGCAGUAUAA